AUGAGAGUUGAAGCGGAGGAAAGUUUCAAUGCUUUGUUUCUAAACAACAUCGCUGACACGAAUGAACCCACGAGCGUUGCCGUUAAAUUGCAUCGAGCUUUGUUCGAUGACAGUGACACUAACAAAAUCAAAUUGAGUUCAGUUGGCGAACCAUUUUCAAUAACUGGGAAUCUCAUUCAGAGGAAGCUUGAUUCGACGGUAGACGAUAAAUUGUUGGAUGCAAAAACUAAAUCAAACAAAGACAGCGUUAAUUCAAUUUCACUUGCAACAGCAAAUGUUGCUUCCAACCAGGAGAAGUUGAAACAUUCUAAGGCAACAACCAACAAGGUUGCGCUUGCUAGAAAUGAAAGGGAGAAACUUAAUAUUCACGUCGAUCACAACAACGCUCAAUCAUUUUCUGAUUUCUUCAAAUCCAUUUUCAGAUGCAACGCGACAAGAACAAGCAAUAAGAAAAUCAAUGAGCAAAUUCAAUUGGAUUAUCCAUUAAAUUUACAUUUCAGAAUGAAUGAAAUCUUCUCAAUGCACGACAAGCUUUCUGACAUUGCUGAAAAUUUCAACGAUUUGUAUUCAGCUGGCUGUUUCAGCUGGGACGAGUUAUCUGAUUGUUCUGUUACAGUUCGAUAUGAAUUCGGAUUUUCAAAAAAGUUUGUUGCCGUGGAGUUGAAUACUUAA